AUGGAGCGCUGUGCGUGCUAUGUGACGCUGUGCCUGCUGGGCCUCGGCCUCUUGGAAACAAAUGCUUUUGAAGUGAAAAUAAAAGAUGACUCCAAUAAGACCUGUAUAUAUGCCAACUUGAGAGUUAAUUUCACAAUAGCGUAUAACACCACCAAUGGCACAUCUAAAAGUGUAACCUUUGUAGCACCUGACAAUGUCACCACUGAAGGCAGCAGCUGUGGGCAAAGUGAUGCAGGUCCUUUGCUAAAUGUUCACUUUGGCAAUGGACACGCCUGGAGUCUGAACUUCACAAAAAAUGACAAAGAUUACAGAGGCAGCAUCCUCAACUUCACUUACAACAUUAGUGACUCCAUAUUGUUUCCAAAUGCAAAGGAAAGAGGGCUAUUGGCUUCUGUUACAAACACAAGCUUCUUUGUUCCAGUCCCACUGAAUGCAUCAUAUAAAUGUUCACAUGAGGACACUGUGACUACAGAGCGUGUUUUGCAGUUAUAUUGGAAUGUCACACUGCAAGCUUAUAUAGAGAAUUCCACUUUAGGCAAAGAUUUUCAUUGCAGUGCUGACAUUCCUUCCACAACAUUAUCACCAACUACAAACAGCACAGCUAUACCAACCACAGCAACGACCCCAAAGCCAACCACUAAACCUGUGGACAAACCCACUGUUGGCAAUUAUUCAGUUUCAAAUGGCUCAGAGACAUGUUUGCUGGCUUCCAUGGGUGUGCAGCUCAAUGUGUCCCAGCUGGUUGAAGGAAAGAAUGUUUGGACUGCACUUAAUAUUGAUCCCCACUCCACCAAGAGUUCUGGAACCUGUGGAAAUGACACUGCUCUCUUAAGACUGACGAACAGCCCCACAGUUGUAGAAUUUUUCUUUUUCAUUAAAAAAAAGAACUUCCACCUUCAAGAAGUUAAUGUGACCCUGAUCAAUGGUUCAGGCUUUUCUUAUAGAACAAAUGUUAAUCUAAGUUUAUGGGAAGCAUCUUUGGGUAACUCUUACCUGUGUCGCAAGGAGCAGCUUAUCACGGUCUCAGAAGACCUCUACAUGAAUACAUUUGAAGUGAGAGUCCAGCCUUUCAGUGUACAUAACUCAACAUUUGGCACAGCUUCUGAAUGUCACCUCGACGACGACUCCAUUUUAAUUCCAAUCAUAGUUGGCGCUGCACUUUCAGGCUUAAUUGUCAUUAUUGUGAUUGCUUACCUAAUUGGCAGAAGAAAAACCUAUGCUGGAUAUCAAACCCUUUAA